UUAUGAGAGACAGAGUGUCGUGUGGUUUCGAGAUCAUUACUUGUCGACUACCCGCGCAGGACCGUUUUGAGUCUAGACCUUACGCAUCGGAUUUGCGUGGUUGAGGUAAGGGCUGGGCAACAUUCAACGUCUCUUUCUGGACCCAAGUACAGUACUGAGCGAAGUUUGCCCCAAUGCUGUAAGUGGCGCGUUAAUCGCCACUCACGACUCAAGAUUCUGCCGGAUUGGAAAAACUCUUCCUGGAUUUCUAUUAAACACAGCGGUCCCAUCAUUCUCAACAAGGAAUACCUAAACUAUGAACACUUCACUCAAGUGGAGACUACGUAAUUUGAGCGUCCCCUCAAUCAAGUCAUUAAACGUCAACAGCCGUCAACUGGUAGUGAGGUUAUCCCAACGUUGAACAGUGUCAACUACGCAUAGAACCGUAGCGUAAUAGGCACCACGUGCUUGCUGCUCAGGUCAGUGUUCGGUUGACUGUCGUUAACGCCAAUUUGUCCAUGGUACAUUGGAUGCUGUGUCAUCUGUGAACCUUUGGAAUGUGCCAAUUAAGACGUGAAGCCAAGCCACUGUUAUCGUUAUCACUGUAAAAUAGUGAUGCCAAGUUGACGGAGUUACUCAUCUAACAAUACUGUAUAUCUUGAUAAAUCAACUGGACAUACACAUUAUCAGUGACCAUUUAUCAACUUUUAUCCAAACACAAUUUGUCCUCAAAUUCAGACAAUCCAUAAAAAAAACGAUCGCCCAUGUUCUUCAAAUCUUAACUUUUGGGACCAUUGCGACCACCAGCCAUGGAUAACGAACCCAACACGUUCACCGUGCGCCUUUUCAAAAGACCGCCACACGGACUUGGAUUCUUAGUGCGCAAGCGCAAAACCAACCCUCCAGUCAUUAUAUCUGACCUGAUACCAGAUGGAGUCGCGGACCAAUCAGGUCUGAUCCAAGUAGGGGAUAUACUCUUAGGUGUGAACGGGGUACAGCUAACCGAUGUGCCCUAUUCGACGGCUUUGGAGGUGUUGAGGAGUGUACCGAUGGAUUCCCCUACCGUGUUGGUCAUGCGAGGGCCCGACGGGUACAGGACACGCCUUGAGAGUAUAUUGACCCCGGAUGGAUCAGUUAAAGUAGUCCGUGUGACUGAGGAGCCUAACACCGAUUCACUACCACGGGAUAAAGGGGUGGGGAAGAAGCACAAGGGUCAGAGGGAUGUUGGGAAUAGCCCCCCACCGGUGGGGAACUCGGUGCCGUGUUGGCAACAGCGCAGCACCACACCCACCUACGAUGGGAAUGCUUAUAAUAGUCAAGGGUCUAAUUAUGGAUCAGCGCGUGGGAGAGCUACUGAGGGUUCCUAUCGCUAUGCUAGCCCCAUACGCAGCAGCAGCACCAGCAGGACCAGGAGGGACUCAAGCCGCUCCCCUGCCCGUGCCAGCUUGCCCGGUAGCCCCGUCCGGGGUUACCCGGGCCCAUACCGUGACCCAUCAGCCUGCUGCUGCACCCCUGCCCGGCACCAGCACUCCAACACCGCGCCCGAUUUCCAAAACGUCUUAGCGUGGAACGGCACUUUCCCACGGGAUGUAUACCAGUUCCGAGUCGGCAUCGAAGACCUUUACAAUUUCGACAGCAGCCCCCGACCGUCUGUCGACUUCGAUUACGAGAGCGAUCGAGUCCAGUCAAAGAACUGUGUUGUCCCGCACCUGGAUGGCUCACGGGAGAAGCUCAUGAGUGAAUCGGUGGGCACACAAUGGCCGGAACGCGUCAUUUUUGUGCAAGGCUCGUCGCCUCCGUCAGAGACUAUAACACCGUCACCCGUGAAUGGGGUUGACCUCUGUGUGAAAGUCACUGAAACUGAGCCACGACUACAUAUAGGGAGGCACAACAACGCCACUCAGAUCACUACAGUGGCAACUAGCCCCGAGCCAACAACCAUGUCCACCACUAUGUCCACCAGCGUGAAGCUCACUCAAAAUGGCCACACCAACCUAUCAACGGACAUAUGCCCAGUACCUAAAGACACCUACAAGGGGGAUCUUAUAUCUGCAGAAGUCAACAACAAUUCCAUGAAGCCGGUUAAGGUUCAGACCGCUGAGAUUGAAGUGCAGACUGAACUUGCUGGACCGCAAGUCAACAGCCAUCAGUCGUCGGGUAAUCAUUCAUCGAGCAAUGGAGCGGGAAAACCAAAGUUUGUCCGCCUGAAGAAUCUUCUGGAUGGGAAGCAAACGACGGACACUCUCCACCAGAAAGCCAAAAUUCCGUUACAAUGUUCAGAAAGUCGGUGUAUGGGAUCCAUCAUGUUUCCUCCAAGAAAGGCAGGACCCCGCCCCAAGGAGAUUGUCUUAGAACAGGCCACGGAUUUCAUCAACCAGUACUACACCCACAUAAAGAGAGUGGACACGCCCGCCCACAAAAAGCGAUUACAAGCCGUGGUCGAUUCCAUUGAGAAGAAAGGCACCUACGACCUGACGGAGACGGAACUCAUCUUGGGCGCCAAAACCGCAUGGAGAAAUGCGCCUCGCUGUAUAGGCAGAAUACAAUGGACUAAACUUCAGGUUUUUGAUGCACGCAACACAAGCAGUGCCCAUCAGAUGUUUGAUGCCAUCUGCAAUCACAUGAGCUACGCAACAAACAAAGGCAACCUCAGAUCUGCUAUCACGAUAUUUCCGCAUCGCACGGACGGUCUGCAUGACUUUCGAGUAUGGAAUGGUCAGCUGAUUGGAUAUGCGGGUUACAAGCAACCUGAUGGCUCUAUCAUUGGUGACCCGGCCGGGGUGGAAUUCACAGAGGUGUGUAUGAAGAUGGGAUGGCAACCAGCCAAGCAGGGAUCGUGGGAUGUCCUCCCACUUGUUCUCCAAGCAAACGGCGAGGAUCCCGAGUUAUUCAACAUCCCACCUGGACUGGUCCUGGAGGUCGAGAUGUCCCACCCCAAGUAUGAUUGGUUUGCUGAGCUUGGUAUAAAGUGGUAUGCACUUCCCGCCGUUUCGUCAAUGAUGCUCGACUUAGGGGGUCUGGAAUUCAUAGCCUGUCCGUUCAAUGGGUGGUACAUGGUCACUGAGAUUGGUGCUCGAGACAUUUGCGAUCCGAACAGAUUGAAUUAUCUGGAGGAAAUUGGCAGGAAAAUGGGUCUGGAUACCAACAGCAACGCUUCACUUUGGAAGGAUAGGGCACUCGUUGAAGCUAACGUAGCUGUUAUCUACAGUUACCAGAAAAAAAAUGUGACCAUUACCGAUCACCACUCAGCAGCCGAAUCAUUCUUGAAGCACAUGGAGAACGAACAACGCCUGCGCGGUGGAUGCCCGGCUGAUUGGGUGUGGGUUGUUCCGCCUAUUUCGGGGAGUAUCACCCCCGUGUAUCAUCAGGAGAUGUUAAACUAUCAGCUCAAGCCGUCUUAUGAGUAUCAAGAUCCACCAUGGGUUAAUCAUGUAUGGCAGAACAAAACGGACUCGUCCACCUCACAGCAGACUCGUAGACGAAGACGCACCUUCAAGGAAGUGGCUAAGGCUGUAAAGUUUUCGGCAAAGCUGAUGGGCAAAGCUCUGGCAAAGCGUUUCAAAGCCACUAUCCUCUACGCCACAGAGACCGGACGCUCAGAAAAAUAUGCCAAGUCACUCUGCGAAAUCUUCAAACACGCCUUCGAUGCAAAGGUCAUGUGUAUGGAGGAAUACGAUGUUGUGCAUCUCGAACAUGAGACUUUACUCUUGAUUGUUACCAGUACGUUCGGUAAUGGAGAUGCACCAGAGAAUGGCGAGGAGUUUGGUCGAUACCUGAUGGACCUUGCCCGUGAUUCCAGCGACGACCAGCCCGAGAGUCGAGCUCUUCGCUUUGACAAAUACUUCGCAGCGCCCUCUACGCCAAGUCAGCGUACAGCUGGAGCCUCCAAUUUGGAUGACAGCUCUGGUGUACUAGCUAAUGUUAGAUUUGCAGUGUUUGGACUGGGUUCCACGGCUUACCCCAAUUUCUGCGCCUACGCCCGUGCCAUGGACACCCUGAUGGGUAACCUUGGAGGGGAGAGGAUUAUGACAAUGGGUGAAGGUGAUGAGCUGAGUGGACAGGAAGAGUCUUAUCGUAGAUGGGCUCAAGAAGUCUUCAAGCAAGCGUGUGAUACCUUCUGUGUAGGUGAGGGUAUUGACAUGACCGAAGCCAAUGCUUCCCUUAUGGAGAACGAGCAGUCCUGGACGGCCGAUAAAUUCCGUGAAACAUUGGAGGACUCUCACCCAGCCGUGGAGAUGUGCGAAGGACUGUCCAAACUCCAUGGGAAGAAAGUGUUUCCCUGCCCACUACUCACCAGGAAGAAUCUGCAGUCAGCUGAAUCGAGUCGUUCAACCAUCCUCAUACACAUGGACACCCAAGGUGCAUCUGAACUUCUCUAUGAGCCAGGCGAUCACGUGGCAAUCUGCCCUGGGAACGAGGUUGAUUUGGUGAACAGAAUAAUCAAACGAGUUGAUCUUAAGGAGAAGUCACCAGAUGCUGUCAUCAAAGUGGAGUUUAUGCACGUCAAACAGACGCCUCUCGGCGUGAUGAAGGCUUGGAUACCAACCGAUCGUCUUCCACUGUGCUCACUGCGAGUCGCCCUGGAGCGAUACCUGGAUAUAACAAUGCCACCAUCGCCCAACUUUUUGCGUCAACUUGCUGGCAUGGCAACCGAUGAUAAACAGAAGAGGACCUUGGACUUGUUGAGUAAAGACACUCGAAGCUACGAGGAAUGGAAGUUUGACCUGAGCCCCAACCUUGCUGAAGUAUUGGAAGAGUUUUCCUCUGCUAAGCCUCCUGCUUCGUUCCUGAUGACGGAAUUACCACUCCUCAAGCCUCGCUUUUACUCCAUCAGCUCCAGUACCAAAAUGUACCCUGGUGAGAUCCACGCUACGGUGGCUGUUGUCAAUUACCGCACCAAAGGUGGUGAAGGUCCUUUGCAUCAUGGUGUCUGCUCGUCCUGGCUCAACAAUCUCAAGAUGCAAACAGAUAUCCCUGCUUUCAUUCGAGCUGCCCCUAACUUCCAUCUACCAGAGCAGCGUCCAGAGCCCAUCAUAAUGGUUGGUCCGGGCACAGGUAUUGCUCCAUUCCGAAGCUUCUGGCAACAGCGGCAAAUAGACAUGCGCAUGGCUAAGGACCUCGGGAGAAAUAACUUCGGUGAUAUGACGUUAGUAUUUGGCUGCAGGAAGUCCACCUUGGAUGAUCUGUACAGAGUAGAAACGGCAGAGGCUGCAUCGGAAGGUGCCCUGAGUGAGGUUUUGACUGCAUUGUCAAGGGAACAAGGGAAACCCAAGAAAUACGUCCAACAUAUUCUGAAGGAGAGAGGUAAACACAUGUUCAAAUGUAUCAACGAAAAAGGUGGCCAUUUUUAUGUUUGUGGUGACGUCUCCAUGGCAGCGGAUGUGUGUAAUACUAUUGAGAUGAUUGUCUCCGAACAAGGAAAUAUGACACCAGAACAGGCAAAGAGCUACGUCAUCUCUUUGAGGGAUCAGAACCGUUACCACGAGGAUAUCUUCGGCGUCACCCUCCGGACUGAAGAGGUCAAGAACAAAGUCCGUAGUGCUAUGAGAAGGGCACAGGUGUACAUCACUGGAGCAGACAGUAGGUUGACACCUGCUAUAAAGACAGAUAACAACGAGGUGAUGGGUAGUAAAGGCACCAUCCAUACGAAGUCGGUCGAAGAUAUCAGGAACAAUAAGACGGAUGCUGAGCUUAACCGUCCACCGUCUCCUACCUCUGAGUUGAUGCAGACAAAACAGCCGCGCAUGAGCAGACGCUCCAUCACGGCCACUGUGCUUAUGAGUGAAGAUGAGCUCAGGGAACUCAAUCGGACAUUUGAAGAGAAGUCUCAGUCCAACGGCAAAGUCAACGGACACCCGGAAAAGUGAAAGCCGUAACUUCACUUGUGUUAUAACUUGAUGCACAGUUCAGAGACGCUGAGGGCGUUCAGUAACUUCACCAAUGGGGUAUCAGCAAAGAUCAGCCAUCUUGUCUAGUUUCUGAUGGAACACCUGGUAUAGUUUUGUCUUCAACCUCAAAUGCACCAUGCUUUUAAAAUCCAACAUGGCUGCCGAGGACGUGGGUUAGUGUAAGUAGAAAUCAACAAAUGUAAGUUUUAAGUGGUUAGUUUACGCUGGUUGGAUCCGGUUAGAACUGGUAUCAGGAAUGGGUCAAGAUUAAUGGUGACUGCCCGACACGGCGUCGGAUGGGCAGUUUGCGUAAAAAGCCAACUUAAAAAACCUUGUCAUCUUUUAGUGUUUGAUAACACACUAUUUGUAGGCUUUUACCUGAAUCUAUGUUAAUGUAGAUUUAUAUUUCAAUUUGCUCUCUAAUUGAAAAGAUUUUAAGAUAGUAGUCUUUUUAGAACAGUAGCAUGUAUAAUAUUAUUGUUGUCAAAUGUAAUGUUUUCAAUUUUAUAAAAAAAUAAAUUACUUUUUUGUACAAAGAACUAAAUUAUAUGACUGUUUGCUAAAGCUUUCCUACUGUGAACAUUCCCUGAGAGCAAGCAAUUGUAUGUAUUACCUAAAAGAUUUUUGAUUGACCACUUUUCAGGACGUUUUAAAUGUUGUUGAAUAAUGUCUUUAUUGUGGUAAAUUGGUGCAGUAACCAAGUGUUGAAUGUCUCAAAAUAAGGGAAAAACAUAAAGCUGCCGGCAGUUUCUAUUGGAUGACGUCAUUCGUGACGUAACAGAUAUAAAUGCAAGGGUAUCGGGCCAGUGUGUAUUGAUGGAGCAGUAAGUGCGGCCUAGUUGCGUUAUAGGCGAGCGGGCUAACGGUGAAAAGUUUGAAAAUCCAAUAGGGAUACGUGUGUAAAUUUGGGCGGGUAAAUAAUUUUUCGCUUGAGGUUUUGUAAAUACAAAUAUUAAUAUGUUGUGCAUGUACACUUAGUGGUUGUCUUAGACAAGCAUGCGGUCUGUCUUUUGUGCUGUACAUACGUAAGAAGUGUUUCUAUGUCCAUGGUAAUUUCUCUUUAAAAUAGAUUAACAGUAUUUUGAUCUCUUUUUUUAUUACGCUGUAGGGUGAUGAUUAUACAAAAAUUAUCAAACUUUUUAUUAUUAAUCCUUGAUUUUUGGUGGACGUGCCUUUAUGUGGCGUGCCCAGUGAGUUGUUCUUUUUGGGGACAAAUGAGUGCAAUUUGCUUAAAACCCCUAUACACUGUUUUGGGGAAAAACAAAACAAGUUAAGACUUCUAUGCAAAUAAGCCUCGUUUGUCCUUGGAGAGACUACUCUGGCCGAAUCCGCCAAUCGGGAUCGGUUUCUGGUAUCAAUGGUGCUGUUUAUAUGCCUCUCUGUACCACAACCGCUCCUGCCUGCAAAUAGCGUUCCAUCGACCAAUCAGAUGAGAGCUUUAUUGCGAAAGUAGUCGCCAUGUUUUAUUGUGAACAUAGACGCAACACAAGUGGUGUGGUGGCACAUUUCCAAUCCCAUUACUUAUAGAUUAUAGGCCUAAUUAAACCAAACCCGUAAAAUGUAUCUUGCAUUUUCUCAGCAUGAUGACUGAGUGAUACCAGCUAAAUUUUGUACAUAAUUUAAGGCGGGAAAUGAACAGUUUCCUGCCAUCACAUUUAUGAACAUGUUUUCAAAAUGGUGCCCGUUGUUUGUAAAAGACGCGCGCUGUCGGAGGAUGGAACGAGAGCGGUGCCGUGCAUAGGUAAAACUUAUUCAAAUAAUUGUACAAGAGUAGAAGCAGUAUUUAAGUUUUCGUACACGUGUGAAUAUUUAAUUGGUUUUAAUUAUUGGUAUACAAGCUAAAGAUUUGAUCAAAUUAAUUACUUAAAAUUAUUGGAACAUUUUAAGAUUCAUAAUUCGUUUAAUGAACUUUGUACAUAAAUGCAUGAAAAUUGCUGUUUGUAUAUUUUGAUUUGAAAUUACUACCUUUUAACCAUUUUGUUCAUAAGAUAUUUAUCAGAAAAUUAGAUAUUCUAUUCGCUAUCAAGUAGCAAUAUUAGUAAUAAUAAUAUAUUGUCAAUGUUGAUGUUUAAACACUUUCUUAAUUUUUUGAAUUGUUGGCGUAGGUUUUAGCGAAUAAUUAUACAUUGUGAUUUUUUAUCUCAACUGUGGACGGUAUAACUCACUGUGGUUUGUUUUUAUAAGAAUAGUUGGUCAAGUAUAAAUGGCGAUGUAUUGUUAUUAUACAGAGGAGGAGCAGGACAUUGACCAAUACUCAUCAUAGGUUUCGGGCCAGACGAUUGGCUGUUACACUCAUUUAAAAUAUGGUAUUUUGCUAGCAUUAAAACAAGCAUUAUGCCCAACUUCAUGCUGUGAGGGGAUAGCUUUUAAUGAGAGUUGUUUUAAUGGAAGACCUUUUAAAAACACUAAUGUCAAAGAUGAAUUGUCAAAGAUGGCACUGCUUUACAUAGCGUCAUCCACUGGUAAGCAAAGUCUUAAAAUAAGACAACUCCUCUAUAGCUGAGACCUUGGAAACAAAUUGCUGAGCGGUUCACAGUUUGUUGUAUACCUCAAAUUAGCCAGUACAAAACCAUACUAGUAUGGUUUUUAUCCGAAUAAAUUCAAUCAAUUAGUCGAUCAUGGCUAACUACUUCCGUCAUAGUCCAGGUCCAAUAUUGGACAACAUUUGUUUGAUGACAGACCUGAGAUUUUUGUGUACAAAGGCAAUGGAUCUGCACGAUCAAGAAUUUUGCUAUUCUUUCAUUAAUAAGGUAAAGUUCAAAUAAUUAUUUAUGUGGUAUGUAAUAUAGUAAUCAUUAAUGAAGUCGUUUCGAAAUACUUACUUUUCUAUAGACUCAUUUUGUUGGUUCUUGUUUUAUGAUGAACAUUUUUAUCCGAAUAAUUAUUGUAAAAAAGGGUCUUGUGCGAGUAGAAUUCCACUUUUAUCUUUACAGAGUAAUGUUUUAGAGAAAAGGAAAAAGUAAGUUUGCGAGUUGUGAGGGCUCGAGCCAUGUGACAGACAUUGUUCACACAAUGGCGGGGCAAACUGGAACUAGUCUGGCCCCUCGUUUUGUAUGGUAUAUCUGCAUGCAUUACUCGUACGUGCAUACAGGUUAUCACACAAAAUGGUUGCAAAGUGGCAAGAGUAGGCUUUCUACAACCUUAAUAUUUCUCAUGCCUUUGUGACAAGAAAACGAACCUGUGCGAGCCGGCACACUGGUCAGUGUAUAAAAAAUAACCCGCAAAAGCCUUCUGCGCAUGACCGGGUGUACUACGUGUCUUGGCAAUAUGAAUGUUUUGACAGUUCUGAUUGGAUGUUUCAAAAUGUCGUCUAAAGUAGAAUAUAUAACGAAAUUUUGUAUUUCGUUUUUGGUUUUGUUUUUAAUUUUCAUUGGCAUUUGCCUAUUGGUUUAAUCUUCAUUUCCAAAAUUAAAGACACUGGACACUAUUGGUAAUAUUGUCAAAGACCAGUCUUCUCACUUGGUGUAUCUCAUCAUAAUAUGCAUAAAAUAACAAACCUGUGAAAGUAUGAUCUCGAUUGGUCGUCGGAGUAUUGGGCCCAUGUUGGCCUACCACAAAAGGGAUACACUAAAAAAUUGAUUUUUAAAGUAAGUCAUAUUACAUUUGGUGAAUUCAAUCUCAGUUUGAGGCAAAAUUCAAAUACAAUUUCAGCACAAAUUUUAGUAUGACGAGAUUCUGCUUAUAGAUCAGUCCACUUAACCAAGUAGGUCUACCACUCUGGGAUCACUUGAAAAUAAAUCAAUAUACGAAUGAUUUUGAACGCCAUAUGGGGAGGAUGGUUUCAAAAAUUUAAUGUUUUUCUUACUUUGAAUCCAUAAAAUUUCAACUUUCUUUGCCUUUAAAUAACCAUAUUUUAUUGGGUAAUAGACCAUCAUAAUUUUACCAACUUUUCUUGAUAAUAUUUACAUAGUAUAUUGUCAUUAAUCAAAUUUACCGUUCUAAUUAAUUAACUUUAUCAUGUCAAUCGGUGUUGUAUUGUGUAAGUGACUUAAUGUUAUUGCACUAGGGUUAUUUGCUUAACCAUUUAAUAAUUAUUUAACAAAAAAUGGAUGAUAAUUUCUUGUUCUGAUCAAUAAAUUUAUUCGUCAUCUUUAAAUCUCA